AUGCCGCCAGAAUUCUGGUUUCCCGCGGUGCAGCCUCACUACCGCGCGGGAAAUAGCCCGAACUGCGAGCUCCCACCCGUGCAGUCGGUGACGUCGUGCGCAUUCCCGGCUCCGCCGAGCAGACCAAAGAAUGGCAUGCAAAAGGCUCAUCUAUCACAGCCCUUGCCACAACAUUCAUCAGCCGCGCCAGUGGCAUCACCAUACCAACGACUCCACGACUCCGUCUUAUGCUCACCCGGCGAGGGUGGCCCGGUCUCUGAUGCGCCGCCAUUGGGGCCAGCCCCGAGCAAUCUCUACCGAAUCAAUCCCUUCGGCCAUGGCCAAUCAGCAACCACGCAACUACAGCGGAAGCGCGCACAUCGCCAGCGUAGAAAGGAUCCUAGUUGCGAUGCUUGUCGCGAACGCAAGGUCAAAUGUGACGCUUCGGGGUCAUCUAGUUGUACUGAAUGCAGUAAUCGCAAGGUCCGCUGUCAGUUCACCAAGGAGACGAACCGUCGCAUGUCGUAUAUCAAACAGGUCCAAGAUCUUGAGAAGCAGCUGCAGAAUUCCAAACAGCAGUUCCAGCACCUGCAGACAAGAAUGAUGCGGCCGGAUUGCAUGGCCGAUAUGGAUAGAGGCGUUCCGCAGACGAUAAUCAGAUUGCCCGAAAUCGAGCACCGCCCCAUGCGUCGGUUAAAUGCGCCUAUUUCUCGGGAUUUUUCCGAUGUGCGUUCCAAUAUCCGCUAUCAUGGCCGUGGCAUCUUGAAUGUGCCCACCCCUUACCGCGCGCGGGGUGCAGAGUCACUGGUAACGGGUGAUGCGGUGGACCUGCCGCAGAAGCACCUGGCAGACCGUCUCUUGGCGCAGUACUUUAAUUGUAUCCACUCCGUGCUGCCGGUGCUUCACUGGCCCAUUUUCAUCUCGGAGUAUGAGGAGGUUUAUCGGUCGGGCUCGUUGUUGGGGGUUUCCUUAGAAUGGGCGGCUGUUCUAUUUGGCGUGUUCGCCUGCGGUGCUAUUCACUCGAUGGAGCCGAACAGCGAAGAGGAAGGCAGGAAAUACGCUCGCAUCUCUUGUGGCAUUAUCGAUGUCUGGCAUGACCACUUUAACUUGGAUCGAGCUCGGGCCGCUUUGCUGGCAAGCAUCUUUCUCUACGAGGUCAACUCAAAGUCGGCCAGCGGGGUGUGGAUUGGUUCAGCCGUGCGCGUAGCCCAAGAGAUUGGGUUGCACAUUGACUCCGGGCCCUGGCCUGCAGUCGAAGGGGAGAUGCGAAAGCGCGUAUGGUGGGGGCUAUAUGCCUGGGAUGGAUUAUUCGCGCUCGAGAUGGGGAAGCCGACAUUGAUCAACGAUCAAGACUGCGAUGUCGAUCUUCCAUGCCUGGCGGACGAACAACAUAUCACAGAGAGAGGCAAGAUCCCCGACAACCAGCAAACCACGUCACUAUUAGCAACCGUUCAUGUCAUCCGCUCAAUUGGCCAACUCACCCGCACCCUCCGCUCAGCAGCCAUCAGCCCAGUGACCCUCGAAACCUUCGAACCCCACUUCAACACCUGCCUCACAACCAUCACCGCCCAAGUUCACCCAGAAAACGACAAAGAUCUUGACACCCGCUCCCUCAUCCCGGUCUUCUAUCUCCAAAACGCCCGCCUCCUCCUCCACCGCCAUAACAUCUCCCCCUCCUGCCCGGAUAUCAUCCGCUCUUCCGCAAUAGACUAUUGCGUCUCCACAGCCCUUGACACAACAAACAUCGUCGCCCGCUGCACGCGUAGCCAUCCAACCCCUGGCCCAGGGAACGGCCCCCGCUCCCUUUUUGCCUCCUGCGCCGGCUCCCUCCCCUGCACCCACAUCUGGCGCUGCACGCUCUUCCUCCUUUUUCGCGCCGAAUAUGCGGGGGCCCUCAUCUGCGUGCAAGCCCUAGCGUCGAUCGGAGACGCCCGUCUUGUCAACGUAGCCUGUGGCCGCUACCUCGCCUUCUUCCUCCGUAUUCUCUUCGCCCGAAUCCGCGCCAAAGGACACGUUCCCGAUCUCGAUUGCGACGAAGAAAUGAUUGCCUACGUCUCAGGCGAUAUGCAAGGAACCAGCGACGGCAGUUGGGUCUGGCACGGCUCUGAGACUGGAUCGCAGCUUGAAGGUAUGGGGUACGCCGGUCGGACCACGCCAAAUUGCGCUGGCCGGCCGGAGAUAGAGACAGAUUUCGAUUGGGAGGGGUGGGAGGGGUGGGAGUGGAUUGAGAAGACUGUUCAGAGUCUACAUAAUGAGCACCAUCGCCAGACGAAUUGUGGACAGCCCGAAAUACUCAUGGCAGAGCUGAAACAGGAAGUCUCUUCUACUCCUGCCCCAGAAGCGGCCUCUAAUACCGACAGGCGGACGAGUUCUGCACCUUCAUGCAUGUCGAUUGCUAGCAUUAUCUAA